CCGUACCGGCACGAUGCAGAAUCUCGUACAGACCACAAUGAUGAAGGCAGCUACAGAAAAACUUCGUUUGAACGUCUUUAUGAUCUUCUGCUUUGCUCCUUGAUCCAUGCUGCUUAGUUAGCUUGCUCCCAGCAAAAGCAAUCUCUCUGAUCGGACCAAGCGCGCGCUGCGCGGCGCCAACCAUCAAUGCUGCUUGCAAGUGGCGUCCUCCGGUCCACAUGCCGCUUUUGUGCGAGACCGGCCGGCCACUCGGCCCUCAUGCCCGACUCGGCACCCGCAGCUGGCACGUCCCACCUCACUCUAUAAAAUACCACCUCCCCAAUCCAUCACACACCCUGCCAUGAUCAUUGAUCAGUUCGCGAUACUUCACCUUUGAUUUCUCUUCUCCUCGCUUCCGUUCUAGCAAAGAAGAGCAGGUAGAAUUUUGAUCCAUAUACGUACAUGGCCAGCAUCCAGCAGCAGCACGAAGAAGGAGACGUCAUGGAGGUGCUGGAGAUCGACGACAACUUGCUCGUCGAGCUCCUGGACGCGUCCGUCGCCGGCGCCGACCAGCCCGAGGAGGCAGCAGGCCGGCAGCUCGGCUUCACGGCCGACCUCGGCGGCGGCUGGGUCGACAGCCAAGAACUGAACAACUCUAUCCACCCGCACCAGGACUGCGAGGACUGCGUCCUCGAUGGCAUCCUAUCCGACUUCGAGGGAUGCAGGUGCUCACGAUCCCCGGCGCCGUACCCGUACGCCGUCUUUGACGACGUCGACGACAUCGUGGAGUGGGCGGAGACGGCCGAGGCCGCACUGGGCCCGUUCACCGGCGAGUGCAUGGGGGAGUGGUACAUGGACGGCAUGGCCAUGGAGUGGGACGAGGACGGGGGAAGCGGCUUCUCGUUUGAGCCCUGCUACGGCGGCGAGGCUGGCACGGAGCAAGCGUACUGCGGCCCGUUGUGGGAGUGAACUGGUGAACUGGUGAACUAGUGUGCACGUGUGGCCCGUCAGUGUAUAGUAGAUGCGCGUCGCCUGUAACAAACUACUACGGAUCAAGUGAUCAGGCUAAAUCUGGUUGUUUUGUCUCCAUUACGCGAGUUCAGCGCAGUCUGAAUUUGUUGGAGAGAACAGAACUUCUGGGCCUCUUGUGCUUGUUUUCAGGAACUCAGAAGCCUGUAGUUUGAGUGCUUCCGUAGAUUCAGGUGUGCCUGCAGGCUGCAGU